GCAGAUGCGGAGCACAUCGAGAUGGGAGCUGCGCCGCUGCCCAGCGCCGACGAGGCUGCUGCCGCCUUCGCAGAAGUCACCACAGUGACAGUAGCCAACGUGGGGGCCUCUGCAGACAAUGUUUUCACCACAUCUGUGGCCAAUGCAGCUUCAAUCUCAGGACAUGUGUUGUCUGGGAGAACAGCCCUCCAAAUUGGGGACAGCUUGAACCCUGAAAAAGCCACUCUGAUCGUGGUGCACACGGAUGGCAGCAUCGUCGAAACCACCGGGCUCAAGGGGCCUGCAGCACCUCUCACACCAGGACCACAGUCUCCUCCUACCCCUCUAACAACUGUCCAAGGGAAAACUGGAACAAAGUACAACUGGGACCCAUCGGUGUAUGAGAAUGAGCUCCCGGUGAGGUGUCGGAACAUCAGUGGCAUUCUGUACAAAAACAGGCUUGGCUCAGGAGGCCGUGGCAGGUGCAUCAAGCAAGGGGACAGCUGGUACAGCCCCACGGAGUUCGAGGCCAUGGCAGGGCGAGCCAGCAGCAAGGACUGGAAGAGGAGCAUCCGCUAUGCUGGGAGGCCACUGCAGUGCCUUAUCCAUGAUGGCAUUUUAAAUCCUCACGCUGCCUCGUGCACUUGUGCCGCUUGCUGUGACGACAUGACUCUGAGUGGCCCUGUACGACUCUUUGUGCCAUAUAAAAGGCGGAAAAAAGACAACGAAGUUCCUGCAACUCCAGCGAAGAAGAGCUGCCCCAAAAACAUCACUCUGCUUCCUGCCACGGCCGCAACCACCUUCACGGUGACUCCCUCUGGGCAGAUCACUACCUCUGGGGCACUGACCUUCGACCGCGCAUCCACCGUGGAGGCCACGGCCAUCAUCUCGGAAAGUCCUUCCCAGGGGGAUGUGUUCACUGGAGCCACUGUCCAGGACACCAAUGUCCAGCAGCCAUGCCGGGUUGCCCACCCAGAGCCUCACUAUCCCAGUUACCAGGACAACUGCCAGAUCUCACCCUUCCCCGAGGCUGCGCUGCCAACAUCUCAUCCCAAGAUCGUGUUGACCUCUCUCCCUGCGCUGGCAGUGCCCCCCACGACCCCCACCAAGGCCAUGUCCCCGUCGGUGGUGAAUGGGCUGGAGGUGACGGAGCAGCGCAGUUGGCUGUACUUGGAGGAGAUGGUCAAUUCCCUGCUCAGCACAGCACAGCAGCUGAAGACUCUGAUUGAGCAGGCCAAGCAGGCCAGUUCCUCCUUCCGUGAGGCUGCUGUCACACAGGCCAAAAUCCAGGCUGAUGUGGAGAGGAAAGAGCAAUCCUGCGUCAACUGCGGUCGGGAGGCCACCAACGAGUGCACAGGGUGCCACAAGGUCAACUACUGCUCCACUUUCUGCCAGCGGAAGGAUUGGAAGGACCACCAGCACAUCUGUGGCCAGUCAGCCACGGUGACAGUGCAAGGUGAUGAGGUGCAUGUGACUGACAGUGUCAUGGAGAAGGUCCCGGUGUGA